CAAACUGUCCGACAUCCAAUCCAUGACGUCACCACAACACAGGAACACAGCGCUGCGGACAGUGUCGCGGAUAUUCACAAGUCCGAAUCUGUGACUGGCUACACAUCAACGUAUAAUAGUGAUGAACAGUCUUUGCCUGUAUGUAAGCAGUAUUACACACUAAAUCAUUACUGAUUGGAGACAGACUACAGUGAAGAGGAGAACACUACGCUGCUCCAGCCUCUUAUUAUUACACAUUAGUUGUAUGUGUGUCAGCGAUCCUGCUUUGAAACCUGAACGUGUCGAUUCACUGCUUUUCCUAAACAAAAAUCUACAUCUACACGCUACAGCACUUAUUAUUCAGCCAGUAAUGGUACACAACACAGACAUAGCUGCCGACAAAGAAAGAGAAAAUAGAUUGCGAAUAGCAUCAGUGGUCAUCACGGUACUGUCAUAACCGACUGUGAUCAUCAUCAUUGUUGCUUGAGAGAUUGGAAGAGUAAUUCCAGUGGACUAGAUGAACAUCUGUAAAAGUGUAAUUCUUUCCGCUCACCACUUGGUGAUCAUGAGACACACAAAUCAGAUGAGUGAGUUUAGUCCCAUCCCAAACUUAAGGUCAGCUCUCAUUUACUGUAUGCCUUUACAUCUCUCUUACCAUUUAAAGCUAUUUUGAAAUAGUGAUAUUUCAAAAUAUCACUAAGUCGCCUGUGUCAUAGAAAAAUCUCAGGCAUCCAAAGUGUUGAGGCAAUCAUGAAUUAAAUAAAACGAUUUGAUUUUACCUACCGGACUUUGUGAUUUUCAUAGUGAUGAUAUUUACGAAUAUAAUAUACAAAUAAAUAUAAAUGACCACAGUCUCUUGAGGUUCCUUGUAUUGUCCUUACAAAAUAUGAUUGGAAUAUAUAAUACCAAAUAGCUGUGUGCUCUAGAAUCUAGUGUUGGUAAUAUGGUGCAUCUUUCUGCUGCAAAAAGUGCAGCUUUUUCGGGGAUUUCUUAAUCACUACUUGGAUUUCUUAAUCAGUAGUGAUCAUGUAUGUAUGUAUAUAAUGAUGUACAUACGUACAUACAUUAUUCACUACUUUUACAUUAACGUUCAGGAAAGGGACCUUAUAGUCCAAAAACCCUUGAACAUAGUGUGUGAUUAUUAUGCUAUUACUGCUUGAUGUACCUGCCACAAUUCAGCAGUUACCUAACUAUAGGUUUUGAUUCAGAUUUCCUAAAUCGAUUCUAUUUUUGGCAUUCAAUUUGAUUUAAAUUUUGUUGGGAUGGGCUGUGUUUCUCAUUGAACUAAUGAUGUAACUAACCCUUAUUUGGUGCUUUUUUCUGGUUCGAUAGUUCAUAGUUUAAUCUUUGUUUUUCAGGCCUAACUUCAAGGCUAACAGAUUAAAUAUGUUGAGAAAAUAUUUUUCCACUUCUAAACAACAAUCUGAUUUGCAGUACAAUCCCUUAAAAAACAUGAGCAGUGAACUGUAUUGACAUUAUGAAGGGUAUACCUUUUUAUCUCCUAACCCAGCCAAUAAAAGCAGUUACAAUAAAAAUCAAAACAAAAAAAAUGAACUAAUUAAUUUAAAUUUAAAGCUAAUGUAUUAUUAUUCUGAAUAUUGUCCUGCAAUGAUUACUUUCCUGUUUCAUAAAUUGGAAAUUUGGUUAGACUUGUGCUGUAUAUUAUGUAUUCACUGCAUAUGAAAAUCAGCUGUGAAUAGUGAAGUCAACCCACCAGACUGAAGUGAUGUGCUUAAACAGGAAGCUUAACUUCAGCGGUUAGCCAUGCCUUGCACUCGGCUGCAUACAGGAAGUAACAAUCAUUUCGCAUUUUUCUGCCUGAAAACCCUGUCUCAAAAUGGCCCUGGGCAAGGAUCAAUCCUUCGCAAGCAGGUUUUUUCAAAGAUGCCGUAAGAAUAGCCAAGAACACAGAGGACAUGAGGGCGACACAUUUUUUGUCUCAGAGUUCACCAUCAUGUGGGAUAAGUUAAUGAAAGAGUUUUUAGCUAAAGCCAAAGAAGAUUUUUUAAGAAAAUGGGAGUGUCCACCUCAGAGCACAACAUGCUUGGAUGACUUCGAUAGGUUCAAGACUCUUGGCACAGGCUCUUUUGGCAGAGUAAUGCUGGUCAAGCAUAAAGGGUCCAACCAGUUCUACGCCAUGAAGAUCUUGGACAAACAAAAGGUUGUGAAGUUGAAGCAGAUAGAACACACCCUCAAUGAGAAGAAAAUACUCCAGGCUGUCUCCUUCCCUUUUCUUGUCAGACUGGAGUAUGCUUUUAAGGACAACUCAAAUCUGUACAUGGUGAUGGAGUAUGUUCCAGGUGGAGAGAUGUUCUCUCACCUGAGGCGCAUUGGCAGGUUCAGCGAACAUCAUGCAAGAUUUUAUGCAGCUCAGAUAGUACUCACUUUUGAGUACCUCCACUCCUUAGACCUCAUCUACAGAGACCUGAAGCCUGAAAACCUCCUCAUAGAUCAACAUGGUUACAUCCAGGUUACAGACUUUGGCUUUGCAAAAAGAGUAAAAGGCAGGACCUGGACAUUGUGUGGGACUCCUGAGUACUUGGCUCCAGAGAUCAUCCUCAGCAAGGGCUACAACAAAGCUGUGGACUGGUGGGCACUUGGGGUCCUGAUCUAUGAGAUGGCUGCCGGCUAUCCUCCUUUUUUCGCUGAUCAGCCCAUCCAGAUCUAUGAAAAGAUUGUGUCUGGCAAGGUACGAUUCCCCUCGCACUUUAGCUCUGACCUGAAGGAUCUACUGAGAAAUCUGCUUCAGGUUGACUUGACAAAGAGAUUUGGAAACCUGAAAAAUGGUGUGAAUGAUAUUAAGAAUCACAAGUGGUUCUCAACAACAGAUUGGAUCGCCAUCUACGAGAGAAAGGUUGAAGCCCCUUUCACGCCGAAGUGCAGAGGACCAGGCGACACGAGUAACUUCGACGACUAUGAAGAGGAGGACAUCCGUGUGUCGCAAACAGAAAAGUGCGCAAAGGAGUUUGCAGAGUUCUAGUGAGUGGGGCUGAGUCCCUCCAGGACUCAUGAGUUUCUAGAUAUUUGCACUCUCUCGAGGGGUUUAUGUGAAACGGACGCUGUCACAGAACAACAAUGCCUAGUUCCUUCGUUACAUUCAGCUGAAUGAGGUCCUUCUUGCCGAGAUCUAGUGGGCAGUGAGCACUAACCUAACAUACAGGCACAUUAUGCAGACUCCCCUUGUGCUGCACAAGAUGUUGUCAUUUUCAGCUGUCUUUUUUUUUUUUUUUUUAGUAACUUUUUUUGUAGUGUGUUUGGCCCCUUGGAAUCCUAUAGACUUUAUCCACUUAUUUAAUGAACUAGAUGCUCUUAUGGAGCGGCACAAAUGCAGACUGCCUGUAUUGGUUGAUAAGACUUUUUAAAGUACCAUUACUCUGGAAGUUUAAUAAGGUGGUGAAGGAAUGCUUGGUGGUGAAUUCUGGCGCUGUUUUACUCCAUUUUCUUUGAAGCAGAGGGGUCAGCGACUUUGUCAAUCCAUAGUCAAAAUGCUGUAUUCUGAAUGACAUUCAUGAAAAAGCACAUUUGUGGCUUUUUUGGUUUUAGAUUUUCAUUGUAUCCAGAUUGGAGUGGACAACUUCCAACACCGCCGUCAUUGCGCAUGUAUGCUGUUAUUGACACAAAUUGUUUUGCUUAGAAAUAAUCGACACGGAGACACACGUACGGAAAAAUGCGUGGAAGCAGGCAAAUAUUUAAGAUACUGAUGUUCUGUUUUGAUGAACGGAAACUUUUAUGUUGAGUUUUAGUUACACAUGCAAUUUUAGCAAAAACGUUUGAUCAUAUCUCAGUAGAUAAUUAAUGUCUGUAGUCGAGAUUCGGUGCAAAAGUUUGGGGAGAUUAGAUUUGGCAUCACAGUGUCUUUCGAUUAAAACUCCUAAUUUGUUCAGAGAAUAAUCGCAAUCUGCCUGACUGUUUAAUCUGCUAUUUAUUAUUAUGCUUAUGUCCAUUAUGCAACAGUUUUGAAGGAAAGAUUUGUGAUAAGAACAUAUUCAAAUUGCGACAUCAUGUUAGUGAAGUGAAACCUUUUCAGAUCUUGAAGGACUUUUAAGAUGAAGCAAGUGAUCAGUGAAGAAUUGUAGCAGUGUAUAUUUGUGUCCAGUUGAAGGAGAUCUCCUUUUACCUCAGAUUCUAUGUGGUGGAAAUCUAACUAUGUAUAUUAAAGGUACAGCUUGAUGUCACAAUAAAAAAGGGAAAUGAUAAUGAAGUAUGUUACUUCACUCAAGAGGUCCAUGUAGCACAUUGAGAAAUAUUUGUAUGUCAACAAAGCAUGACUGAAUCCUGAAAGCUCCGUAGCCGUGAAUGUGAGGCAGGUUUGGUGACGUGGAUCAGUGUUAUCCAGUCUUUUUUUUUUUUUUUUUUUUUUUUUUUUUUUUUUGGCAAUGCAACGUCUUCAAUAGACAGUUAAUCCCUGUGUUACUACUCCCACAAUGGUACUAUUCCCCUCAGUGAAGAAAGUUUCAUGUAUAUCUUUUUUAUGUGGCAUUUUAUCUGGGUUAUAACCAUGAAAUGGAUACACAGUUGCAUAAUCAUAAUUAUUUCCAGCUAGUUUCCGUCAUGAACUUUCUAAUCUCUGUGCUAAUGUGAUCAUUCUUGCUGUAGAAUUACCUUCCACUGAACAAAACUGUUUGGUUUAAUUGAAUAUUUUCUUAAGUUUUCUCAGUUGGAUUGCAGCCUGCAACAACUCUUUUAUCUUUUGCUUGAUGUCCUUUAAUGCCAGAUAAGUGGAAGACAUAUAAUAUUGUGUAAUAAACAAUGUGUCUGAGAAAGUGUGCACACUGUGAUGGAGCGAUAUUGGCUCAUUCUUCCAUGAAUACGCGCAUAGCUGACUAUGAGAAGGUUUUCUCAUAGCAGAUGUACACCAGGAUUAAUGCAAGAAAUUUACUGUAAAGCCUUUUUUAAUGUGCAAUGUCUGUUUGUUGUCCACAUGUGUUAAAGUCAUCGGGAGAAAUGUCUAUUUUUGUGAGGGCUUUUGUUUUACUGAGCACCUUUUCUAUGUUCCGAUUCAUCCUGACAUGUUGCCUGUCCUUGCUGCGGAAAUGCUACUCUUGCCUCCUCAAACUCCUCACAGGCAUGAUGGGUUAAUGUUGUGUAAGGUGUUACUGAAAUCCAUUUGUUUCCUAAAUACCUGUUACUCCUUAUGAGCUUCCUGUUUCUCAGAGCAAAGCUCCUUUCUUUUGAAAUUGUUGUUUAAGUCAUCUGAUUUUGUUUCCCCCGUGUUUUACUUGUGAUGAAAAUGCAAUCCAAGAAAUUUAAGCUGUUUUACGGAACCAAAUGUGAAAAUGUCUUGUCCAUGCAAAGUUGUAUUGAAUAUAGAUUAUAUAUUAGAUGCAGUGAUUCACACAAAUUCUAAAAAGCCUUUAUUUAAAAUGUUGCUCUAUUAAAAUAUGAAAUUAAUUAUCUAGUAUUCUAUCUAGUAUUAUGGAAAUAUUUUUUUUUCAUUUGAAUUAUUUAUUAAAAUAGUUUCCGCAUUCAAAUUUCUUUUUAUGAAUGGCUUGUUAAUGCGCAUUGGUGCCUCUCACGCGUGUUAAAAAAAAUACAAAUAAAAAUCUAGCUUUUGUUUUGGAAUUGGUUUCAUUAAAAGGAAAUGAAAUCUGUUUCCUGGUUUAGCCAAAUAAUCCUUAAGUGGAAUGUCGUUGUGAACCUGCAAUGUUUUUAUUAAAGUUUGAGAAGUGCACAUGGAUUCCAGCAUGUUUCAGUCCGAUCUGCCUGUAUGUCGAAAUCCACAGUCCACAGUCGAAACUGUGCUGGAGAACCACAUGUCUUCUUAUGUGUCAAUUAUCCCCAUGUGCGUAUAACUGUCAUGUGUGAUGUAAACAAUGGCACUUUCCUGAGCUUUCUCACUCCUUAAUUUAUAUAUAUAUAUAUAUAUAUAUAUAUAUAUAUAUAUAUAUAUAUAUAUAAAAGGAAUCGGUUAAUUGUAGUUAGUGGGAUCAAAAUAAUCCAAAUUGUAUUUAGUUCGUGGGAUAUUUUGCACAGGAUCUGAGGCUGACACGUUUUCUCACCCAUGUUAACCUGUGUUCGCAAGGGGACUAUUGUUUGCUGUAGCAGG